AUGGCUUGCGAGGACAGCACGGCUUGCGAGGACAGCACGGCUUGCGAGGACAGCACGGCUCGCGAGGACAGCACGGUAUGCGAGGACAGCACGGCUUGCGAUAACAGCACAGCUUGCGAGGACAGUACAGCUUGUGAGGACAGCGCAGCUUGCGAGGACAGCACAGCUUGCGAGGACAGCACAGCUUGCGAGGACAGCACAGCUUGCGAGGACGGCACAGCUUGCGAGGACGGCACAGCUUACAAAGACGGCACAGCUUGCGAGGACAACACAGGUUGCGGGUACAGCACAGCUUGCGUGGACAGCACAGGUUGCGAGGACAGCACAGCUUGCGAGGAUAGCACGGCUUGCGAGGACAGCACAGCUUGCGAAGACAGCACAGCUUGCGAGGACAGCAUAGCUUGCGAGGACAGGACAGCUUGCGAGGACAGCACAGCUUGUGAGGAUGGCUCAGCUUGCGAGGACGGCACAGCUUGCGAGGACGGCACAGCUUGCAAGGACAUCACAGCUUCUCAACUUGAGAGGACAGCUCAACUUCAGAGGACAGCAAAACUUGAGAGGACUGCUCAACUUGAGAGGGCUGCUCAGCUUCAGAGGGCAGCUCAACUUGAGAGGGCAGCUCAACUUGAGAGCCCAGCUCAACUUGAGAGGGCAGCUCAAAUUGAGUGUACAGCUCAACUUGAGAGGAAAUCUCAACCUGAGAGGACACCUCAACCUGAGAGGACAGCUGAACUUGAGAGGACAGCACAACUUACGAGGACAGGAAAGCUUGCGAGGACAGCAAAGCUUGUGAGGACAGCAAAGCUUGUGAGGACAGCACGGCUUGCGAGGACAGCAAGGCUUGCGUGGACAGCACGGCUUCCGAGGACAGCACGGCUUGCAAGGACAGCACGGCUUGCGAGGACAGCACAGCUUGCGAGGACAGCACAGCUUGCGAGGACAGCACAGCUUGUGAGGACAGCACAGCUUGCGAGGACAGCAUUACUUGAGAGGACAGCUCAACUUGAGAGGACAGCUCAACUUUGGAGGACAGCUCAACAUAAGAGGGCAGCUCAACUUGAGAGGGCAGCUCAACUUGAGAGGGCAGCUCAACUUGAGAGGGCAGCUCAACUUGUGAGGACAGCUGAACUUGAGAGGGCAGCACAACUUGCGAGGACUGCACAACUUGCGAGAACAGCAAAGGUCGCGAGGACAGCAAAGCUCGCGAGGACAGCAAAGCUUGCGAGGACAGCAAAAGUCGCAAGGACAGCACGGCUCGCGAGGACAGCACAGCUUGCGAGGAGAGCACAGCUUGUGAGGACAGCACAAAUUGUGGGGACAGCACAGCUUUCGAGGACAGCACAGCUUGCGAUGACAGCACAACUUGCGAGGACAGCACGGCUUGCGAGGACAGCUCAACUUGAGAGGACAGCUCAACUUGAGAGGACAGCUCAACUUUGGAGGACAGCUAGACAUAAGAGGGCAGCUCAACUUGAGAGGACAGCUCAACUUGAGAGGACAGCUCAACUUGAGAGGACAGCUCAACUUGAGAGGACAGCUCAACUAGAGAUGACAGCUCAACUAGAGAGGACAGCUCAACAUGAUAGGACAGCUCAACUUGAGAGGACAGCUCAACUUGAGAGGACAGCUCAACUAGAGAGGACAGCUCAACUUGAGAGGUCAGCUCAACUUGAGAGGACAGCUCAACUUGAGAGGACAGCUCAAAUUGAGAGGACAGCUCAACUUGAGAGGACAGCUCAACUUGAGAGGACAGCUCAACUUGAGAGGACAGCACAACCUGAGAGGACAGCACAACGUGAGAGGACAGCUCAACUUGAGUGGGCAGCUCAACUUGAGAGGACAGCUCAACUUGAGAGGACAGCCCAACUUGAGAAGACAGCACUACUUGAGAGGAAAGCACAACAUGCGAAGACAGCAAAGCUUGCGAAGACAGCACGGCUGGCGAGGAAAGCACGGCUUGCGAGGACAGCAAGGCUUGCGAUGACAGCACAGCUUGCGAGGACAGUACAGCUUGCGAGGACAGCGCAGCUUGCGAGGACAGCACAGCUUGCGAGGACAGCACAGCUAACGAGGACAGCAGAGCUUGCGAGGACAGCACAGCUUGCGAGGACAGCACAGCUUGCGAGGACAGCACAGCUUGCGAGGACGGCACAGCUUGCGAGGACGGCACAGCUUACAAAGACGGCACAGCUUGCGAGCACAGCACAGCUUGCGAGGACAGCACAGCUUGCGAGGACAACACAGGUUGCGGGGACAGCACAGCUUGCGUGGACAGCACAGGUUGCGAGGACAGCACAGCUUGCGAGGACAGCACAGCUUGCGAGGACAGCACAGGUUGCGAGGACAGCAUAG